GGCAUCGCUCAUGCCAUCAUCCACUUCCAUGGCGUUGCUUCACAACGUCCCCAAGUUUGUUCACCUCUUCGUCGCCGCCUUCGUCUUCCUUACCGUCAUCAGACUCUAUCUCUUCCCUUUACUCACUUCCUCUGCUUUCUCAUGGAGGCCGUCGGCGCCAGCGCCGCCUCCUCUUCCUCCUCCGCCGGCUCCCGGUGCAGUGGUCAUGGCGGGGAAGGAGUACUCGAGCAAGUGCGACAUAUCGAAAGGGAAGUGGGUGCCAAACCCGAACGCGCCGUACUACACCAACGACACCUGCUGGGCCAUCCACGAGCACCAUAACUGCUUGAAGUACGGGCGGCCGGACGACGGGUUCAUGCGGUGGCGGUGGCGGCCGGACGGCUGCGAUCUGCCGGUGUUCAACCCGGCGCAGUUCCUGGAACUGGUCCGCCACAAGUCGCUCGCCUUCGUCGGGGACUCCGUGGGGAGGAACCACAUGCAGUCCCUGCUCUGCCUUCUCCUCAGAGCGACGUACGCGGUGGACGCCUCGCCGGUGCAAGAUGAGAACUUCCGUCGGUAUCGUUUCCCCAGCCAUAACUUCACCGUCGCCAGCUUCUGGUCGCCGUUCUUGGUCCGAGCCCAAGAAGCCGACGACGACGACCCCUCCGGCCUGUUGAAUCUGUACUUGGACGAGCCGGACACCAGCUGGUCCAGAGAGAUUGCGCAGUUCGACUACGUGAUCAUCUCCGCCGGGCAACCAUUCCUCCGUCCGACGAUGUUCUACGAGAACCGCCGCCUGGUGGGGUGCCACUACUGCCGAUCGCCCAACGUCACCGACUUGACCAAGUACUACGGCUACCGCAUGGCCUUCCAUACCGCGCUCCGCGUCUUCACCGACGACCUCCGCGGCUUCGGAGGCACGGUGUUCCUCCGGACGUAUUCGCCGACGCACUUCGAGGGCGGGGAGUGGGACAGAGGAGGGGACUGCAUGCGGCUGCGGCCGUUCCGGCGCGACGAGGCGAGGCUAGACGAGGUGGCUUUCCAGAUGUACAUGACGCAGAUGGAGGAGUUCAGGGCGGCGGAGAGGGAGGGGAGGAAGAAGAGCGUGAAGUUGAGGUUGCUGGACACGACGGAAGCGAUGCUGCUGAGAGGGGACGGACACCCCGGCCGAUAUGGGCAUGUCGCCGGAGCGAACGUGAGGAUGUACAACGACUGCGUGCACUGGUGCCUGCCGGGGCCGAUCGAUACGUGGAACGACUUCUUGCUGCACACGAUGAAGAACGAGGGAAGGAGGCUGGCGACGAGAAGGCGGCCGGGAAAUGAGAGGAAGCCUAGCUAGCCAACCAGAAAUAGCUACAGCCUUUAUUUUGUUUUUCCUCGUUUCAAGAACAAAAUUGCAGGUGAUUUUCCCUCAAUUCUCGAGAAUCAUCAUCAUCAUCAAAAUCGAUAAAUUUAACGUAAGAA